AUGUCUACCGACGCAAUGGAGUCGAACAAGAGCAGCAGCGGCGACGAGUCUGUCGUCGUUGUUACACCUGCCGACACCGAGUCUCAGAAGGAGACCACAUCAGCAACACAAACAGAAGAGACCAAGGCAGAAGACACCAAGACAGAGGAAACACCAGAGAAAGCAGAUGACGCAAAGUCAGACUCAGAAGAGGAGAAGAAGGAAAAGAUCAUGGUCGGCUCCCUCGCCGAGACAAAAGACCUCUACGCCAAAUAUGACAAGAACGGUGAUCGUUCAUGGUCAGACAAGCUUCCCGAUGAUCUCGAGGAGGCAGCAGAGAAUGAAGAGACACAAAAGUAUGCCGUCAUCGUCCGCAAGAGGAAGCCCAAGGAUGCCGACUCCAACAAGCCUCUCGAGAUUGACAGUCUAGUCGUCCAAUCUCCCUACCUCAAGCGCGUGCUCUCAAAGGUCUUUAAGGAUUAUCCCGGUAUCAUCACAGAGGUUUCUCGCCUCAAGUUUCACGCUCCUUUUGAGUGCUUCGUUCACCGAUGGGAUGAGUUCACCGCAGCGAAGGAUGAUACCGCCCACGACGACAUCACCCGUGAGCAUGUCACGCUGUUGCAUAAGAUCAUGAGAGAGGAACUGGGCGAUAUCAUCCAGCUUCGCGGUGACUAUUUCAAGAACCGAGCUGUUGCUUUCGACCACGUCUGGACAUUGUUCCCUCCUGGAUGUACUGUCUUGGGUUCACUCAAGGGAAAGCCUGUUGCCGUCCGCUUUGACUCAGGCCAUUACGCAAAAACUCAAUGUGGCAUGGCCUAUAUCCUGAGCUGCAAGUGCGUUGACUGGGACGGUAAGAGCAUGGGCUGGCUUUCCGUCGACAUGCCCAUCAGAGCCUUCCCCGGCACAGUUCCCUUCUCUCAACUAUCCUGCUACCCUCUCGAGUACCACCCCCAGCCCGAAGUCGCCCGAAACUUACUGCGCGAGCGUGGCCGCAGGUUCGAGGAACUCGCGGACUACUGCUACAAGGCUUAUAGCGGCACUGCCGUUUGGUACGUCAGCUCCGAAAAGUCACGAAAAGAGACUGUCAACUCGCGCAUUGUCAUCGACGGAGCGAACUGGGAGAAGUGCAACCCCGAUCACCUUGUCUAUAUCGAAUACUUUAACAAUGAUGUCACGGUCGUGGACCCUGAUGAUGACGAUGUCGUUGAUAAGAGCAAGCGGGCUCCACUGACGGAGGAGCAGCUCAUCAUGACCUCCCCCAUCGUGCGAGGCUAUGCUCUCAAGAACAAGCGAUGGAUGGAGUUUUACAUCGACGACGUGACCGAGGUCAAGUUCAACGACAAGGCCUUCGACUCCCUCGUUCUUCCUGAGGACCAGAAGGAGCUUAUCCUCGCUUUCGCCCAGAGCCAGGUCAAGUACAAGGAUGUCUUCGACGAUAUCAUCUCUGGCAAGGGUAAGGGUAUCAUCAUGCUCUUGUCCGGUGGGCCUGGUAUCGGUAAGACGUUGACUGCUGAGUCAGUGGCUGAGGAGAUGAAGGUGCCUCUGUAUAUCAUGAGCGCCGGUGAUCUAGGCGCUGAUGCAUUCGACAUCGAGGAGAACCUUGGCCGUAUUCUCGAAAUGGUGGCCAACUGGAACGCCGUGCUCCUUCUCGACGAAUGUGACGUCUUCCUCGAGGCUCGCUCGGCCCAUGACAUCCAGCGCAACCGCAUCGUGUCCAUCUUCCUUCGCAUGCUAGAGUACUACGAGGGAAUCCUCUUCCUGACUACCAACCGCGUCAAGGAUAUGGACCAAGCUUUCCAGAGCCGAAUCCACAUGUCGCUGGAGUACCCUGCCCUCGACAAGUCCGCCCGGGAGUCUGUGUGGCGAGGAUUCCUGAGCCGCGCCAUCAGCCUCGAUGCCAAGAUGGAGGGUGGUGCAGCGCAUGAGAUCAACGACGAGGAGAUCACUUCUUUGGCUGGUCUGGAGCUGAAUGGUCGACAGAUCAAGAAUGUGCUCAAGACAGCCAACCUUUUGGCUUGCCACAAGGGGGAGAAAUUGGCGUUCAAGCAUCUGCGCAUUGUUUUGAGGGUGGAGGGACAUUCAUUGUAA